UUAAGAGCUACAGUUUUAAACAGUUCUAAAGUUAUUUUAAUCCAUAGUUUUUGAUCUAGAGUUUCAUUUUUAUUUUUUCCCAAAUGUCUGUCCUACGAUCAAACGAAAGAGGUUGGCUGUUGGAUGCAUGUUCUUUGAUAAACGAAGGAUUUGAGCAGUGCUACAGUGUAAACAAGGGACACUUCACGUGCUAUUUCAAUAAGCAGUGCUUUAAUGUACUGAAACCUUAUAUAGUGAAUAAGUCUGGUGGUGAUUGUAUGGUCGGUGCUCUAUCAAACACAGAGAGCCAUGCGGCUGGGGAUACCAGAAUAGAGCUAAAGAAUCGAAAGCUAAGGAGCCCAAAUUUGUUAUAGCAUGGCAAUGCUCCUGUGUACAAAGCAAGAUUCAUGAAGGCAUUGGUGUAGCAAGGUGGAAAAACACAAGGUUCUGAUCUCGACACCACUGAACACCUUUUGGAUGAACUGGAACACUGGCUGCACCACAGACCUCCUCACCCUUCAACAGACUGAUUUCACUAAUGCUCUCAUGAAAAGGAAGCGUAAAAGAAGUGAGCUGAAUCAGGGGGAGUUAGAUGCUGAAGCAUACCAUAAAAAGGCCAGGUCGUUGGUUCUGGAGGGCACACAGUCUCUACUGGAAGCUGGGCAUCACUGUGGAUAUUUGACAGAAGAUUUAUUUACAGUGCCAACUAAACAAAUGCCUGUUCAUGAGUGCCAGCUGGCUGCACUAUGUGAUAUGGCCAAGCAGCUGCUUAAAAUGGAGAGUUUUGAUGCCCCACAUGUGCAGGCUGUUAAUGGCCAUGCAGACUGGGAUGCACACCUUGAUUUGUUCUCAUGCAUCACAGAAAAUGCAGACGACUUUGCCCGUGAGGUAACACUGAUGGGGGAGACGUAUUUCCUGCCCCCUCACAGCCGUUUCCUCUUGUCUGACAUCACAUGUUUACAACCACUUAUCUGUAGUGGAGACAAAUAUGACCUAAUAGUUCUUGACCCACCAUGGGAAAAUAAAUCGGUGAAAAGGAGCAGCAGGUACAGUUUUCUGCCAUCCUCUCAAUUGAAACGACUUCCUGUGCCGGUAUUGAGUGCAGCAGGAUGUGUGGUCGUUACUUGGGUAACCAACCGUCCCAGUCAUCUCCGGUUCGUCAGGGAGGAACUUUAUCCUCACUGGGGAGUGAAGCUGCUUGCAGAGUGGCUCUGGGUGAAGGUGACCCGGAAAGGGGAGUUAGUUGUCCCCUUGGAUUCACCACACAAGAAAACUUACGAAGUGUUAUUACUUGGAAGGUUCUGUGCUAACAGUGACAACACAACUAGAUCUGAAGUGUGUGAGAUCCCAGAUCAACAGCUUAUAAUUAGUAUUCCUUCAGUGCUGCACUCUCAGAAGCCAUCUCUAUCAGCUGUGCUAAAGCCGUACAUUAGGCCUAAUGCUAAGUGUCUGGAAAUGUUUGCUCGAAGUCUCCAGCCUGGUUGGACAAGCUGGGGAAAUGAGGUCAUCAAAUUCCAGCAUCACAGCUAUUUUACCACAGAGAACGUGGAGUCUGCACAUGUCGCAUGUUCUGAGAUUAUAGAUGCAGAUCAAUCAUUAGACACAAGAAUAAUGGACAAUUCUGCCUAUUUGUGAACCUAUGGAUAUUUAUAUCCAUAUGAUAUUUUAUAUGCAGGUUUUUAUCAGCAUUUAUAUUAAAUAACUUUUGUAUAAUA